CACACAUACACACACCGGGAAACCUCCGUACCGAACUAUCACGCACACCCUCACACGGGAGUGGAUAUGUUGGCAAGUUUUGGAAUUUAACCAUGGCAUGGAUAUCUAAACCAAAGAUCACUUGAACUGGUCUCCUGACACUCAGUGGCACUGUGGAUGAUGCGCUGGAUGACCGCUCAUAUUGGAGAGGAGAGCACUGACGAUCAAUAGGAACUAUUUCUCUCUCCCUUUCUCCCUACCCCUGUUCAAAAAGCAUCCAGACUCGUUCAAUUGCACAGGCAGCGGUGACUGUGGUUUUAGGACGGAGUGGGACAGGCGGCCAGCCUUGCCUCGUUUUUGAAGUUUACAGACAUGUGGCCUCCCCAGGGGCCAGUGGGUGUGCUUAACCCAGGGAGGAUGCUUCUUCUUGGGCUUCUAGUUGUCAGUGUGCCCCAGGGCCAGUCCCGGAUGGCCCCGGAGCCUUUCAAGACCUUCUCGCCGUCCGAGUGGGGGCUGACGCACCUGGCCAUCCACAACAAGACGGGCGAGGUUUACGUAGGUGCGGUCAACUGGAUCUUCAAGCUGUCGAGCAACCUGACCAAGCUGCGCAGUCACAUGACCGGUCCCGUGGUGGACAACGAGAAGUGCUACCCCCCACCCAGCGUCCAGUCCUGCCCCCACGAACUGGCCCAGACCAGCAACGUCAACAAGCUGCUGCUGGUGGACUACUCCCAGAACCGGCUCAUCGCCUGCGGCAGCACCUCUCAGGGCAUCUGCCAGUUCCUGCGGCUGGACGACCUCUUCAAGCUUGGCGAGCCGCACCACCGCAAGGAGCACUACCUCUCCAGCGUCUCCGAGUCCGGCACCAUGUCCGGGGUCAUCAUCUCGGACGACUCGGGCAGCAAGCUCUUCAUCGGCACGCCCAUCGACGGCAAGUCCGAGUACUUUCCUACGCUGUCCAGUCGCAAGCUGAUGGCCAACGAGGAGAACGCCGACAUGUUCAGCUUCGUCUACCAGGACGAGUUUGUCUCCUCGCAGCUCAAGAUCCCCUCGGACACGCUCUCCAAGUUCCCCGCCUUCGACAUCUACUACGUCUACGGCUUCAGCAGCGAGCAGUUCGUCUACUACCUGACGCUGCAGCUGGACACGCAGCUGACCUCGCCGGACGCCAGCGGUGAGCAGUUCUUCACCUCCAAGAUCGUGCGCCUCUGCGUGGACGACCCCAAGUUCUAUUCGUACGUCGAGUUCCCCAUUGGCUGCACCAAGGAUGGCGUGGAGUACCGCCUCAUCCAGGACGCCUACCUCAGCAAGCCCGGCCGACAGCUGGCCAACUCGCUCGGCGUGUCCGAGCAGGAGGACGUCCUGUUCACCAUCUUCUCGCAAGGCCAGAAGAACCGCGCCAAGCCGCCCAAAGAGUCCGUACUGUGUCUGUUCACACUGCGCCGCAUCAAGGAGAAGAUCAAGGAGAGGAUCCAGUCGUGCUACCGUGGAGAGGGCAAGCUCUCACUGCCCUGGCUACUCAACAAGGAGCUGGCCUGCAUCAACUCGCCGCUGCAGAUUGAUGACAACUUCUGCGGCCAGGACUUCAACCAGCCCCUGGGCGGCACGAGCACCAUCGAGGGCAUCCCGCUCUUCCUGGACAAGGACGACGGCAUGACCUCGGUGGCCGCCUACGAUUACCACGGCAACACUGUGGCCUUUGCCGGCACGCGCAAUGGCAGACUGAAGAAGGUAAGGGUCGGCUCUUGUGGUGACGUAUAUAUCUUCCUCUCUGCUCUGUUGGGCAGCAGCGGUCAUUACACAUGGAGACUAUCGCCAUCGCCUCACUACCUUCACCAGCAACCCAGCAGUCACAGCCUGUUGGCUUAG